AUGUAUUCUUCAUCAUCCUCAAAACCACGAUGGAUACACGACGUAUUCAUAAAUUUCAGAGGCGAAGACAUUCGUAAAACCUUCGUUUCUCAUCUCUACGCCGUCCUCUCAAAUUCCGGAAUCAACACUUUCCUCGACAGCGACAAGCUCGAAAAAGGAGAAGAUAUAGGACACGAACUUCUUCAAGCAAUUUCAGUAUCUCAUGUAUCAAUUAUCGUUUUCUCUAAAAAGUACUCUGAAUCUAGUUGGUGUCUUAACGAACUUGAUAAAAUCAUGGAGUGCCGUAGAACUCAAGGUCAAAUUGUUUUGCCUGUCUUUUAUGAUGUUGAUCCUUCUGUUGUUCGUCAUCAGAAAGGUGAUUUUGGAAAAGCUUUGGAAGUUGCUGCAAAAAGUAGGUAUAUAAUUGCCGAAGUUAUGGAAAAGGUUUUGUGUAGAUGGAAAGUUGUGUUAACUGAAGCUUCCAAUUUGUCUGGUUGGGAUGGGAGUGCUUUCAGGAGUGACCGUGAAUUAGUGAAGAAAAUUGUUGAAGCCAUUUUGCCAAAACUAGACAGCACAACCUUGUCUAUAACUGAAUUUCCAGUUGGAUUAGAAUCCCAUGUGAAACAAGUGGUGCAAUUGAUUGAGAAACAACCUGGCGAUGUUUGUAUGGUAGGGAUCUGGGGCAUGGGAGGAUCAGGUAAAACGACUGUUGCCAAAGCCAUCUACAAUCAAACUCAUCGUACAUUUGAGUGUACAAGUUUCAUUGAAAAUAUUAGAGAAGUUUGUGAAAAGGAUACUAGAGGGUAUAUUCAUUUACAACAACAACUUAUUUCGGAUGUCCUCAAAACAAAGGAGAAGAUACAUAGUAUUGCGUUGGGGACAGCUAGGGUCCAGAAAGUGCUUUCUGGAAAAAAAGCACUUGUGGUACUUGAUGAUGUAACCGAAUUUCAGCAAAUAAAAGCCCUAUGUGGAAAUCAUAAUUUUUUUGGUUCUGGAAGUGUAUUAAUUGUUACAACCAGGGAUGUGCACAUACUUAAGUUACUUAAAGUUGACUCCGUCUAUGAAAUGAAGGAAAUGCACAAAAGUGAGUCCCUUGAGCUUUUUUGCUGGCAUGCUUUUAGAAAAGCAAGUCCUAUAGGAGGCUUUAGUGACCUCUCAAGAAAUGUGGUUGCUUAUUGUGGAGGGUUACCACUGGCUCUUGAAGUCCUUGGAUCCUUCUUAUUUGAGAGGACCAAACAAGAAUGGAUAAGUGUACUAUUGAAGUUAGAGAGAAUUCCCAAUGAUCAAGUGCACGAGAAACUGAGAAUAAGCUAUGAUGGUUUAAAGGAUGAUAUGGAAAAGGAUAUAUUUCUUGACAUAUGUUGUUUCUUUAUUGGUAAGGAUAGAGCCUAUGUUACAGAAAUAUUAAAUGGCUGUGGACUUUAUGCUGAUAUUGGAAUAGCUGUCCUCAUAGAUCGGAGCCUCCUAAAAGUUGAGAAGAAUAACAAGCUUGGAAUGCACGAUUUAAUAAGAGACAUGGGAAGAGAAAUUGUCCGUGAAAGUUCAGCAAAAGAGCCUGGGAAGCGUUGUCGAUUGUGGUUUCAUGAGGAUGUACAUGACGUUUUGACAAAAAAUACUGGAACAGAAACUGUUGAGGGACUGAUUUUGAACUUGCAAAGAACAGGCAGAGUUAGCUUUAGUACUAAUGUUUUCCAAGACAUGAAGAAACUGAGACUUUUACAACUUGAUCGUGUUGAUCUCACUGGAGAUUUGGGGUACCUUUCCAAACAACUGAGUUGGGUUAAUUGGCAACGAUCUACCUUCAGAUUUAUACCGGAUGACUUUGAUCAGAGAAAUCUCAAUGUUUUUGAAUUAAAAUAUAGCAAUGUUAAACAAGUUUGGAAGGAAGCUAAGUUGCUGCAGAAGCUAAAAAUUCUCAAUCUCAGUCACUCGAAGUACUUGAAAAGCACCCCUGACUUUACAAAAUUACCAAAUCUCGAGAAGCUUAUUAUCAAGGAUUGUCAAAGUUUAUCCAACAUACACCUGUCCAUUGGAGAUCUCAAGAAUAUUCUUCUAAUAAAUUUGAAGGACUGUACAAGUCUUGGCAAUCUUCCAAGAGUGAUCUAUCAAUUGGCCUCAGUGAAAACUCUCAUCCUUUCUGGUUGUUCAAAGAUUGACAAAUUGGAAGAAGAUAUAGUGCAAAUGGAAUCAUUGACAACUCUAAUUGCAGCACAUACUGGUGUCAAACAAGUGCCUUUUUCAAUAAUAAGGUCAAAAAACAUUGGAUAUAUAUCCCUAUGUGGAUUUGAAGGAUUAUCACGUGAUAUUUUUCCUCCUCUCAUUUGGUCUUGGAUGUCACCGACAAUGAAUUCCGUAGCACAUAUUCCCCCUUUUGGUGGCAUGUCAAUGUCUCUUGUUUCCAUAGAUGUAGAUAGUAAUAAUUUGGGCUUGGUCUUUCAAUCACCAAUACUUAGCAGCUGUUCAAAACUUAGAAGUGUCUGGGUACAAUGUCACUCAGAGAUUCAGCUGAAACAAGAGUUAAGAAGAUUUCUUUAUGAUCUCAUUGAGUUGGAAAUAUCACAUGCAUCACAAAUCUCGGAUCCUUCCUUGAAAUCGAUUUUGAUUGAAAUGGGAAAAUGCCAAAUAGUCAACAAUACUUUUGGCAAGAGCUUAUCACAGGGAUUGACAACUGAUGAUUCUAGUGCCUCUUUCCUUCCGGGUAAUAAUUAUCCUUCUUGGUUAACCUAUACAUGUGAAGGACCUUCUGUAUAUUUUCAAGUGCCUGAGGAUAGUGUUUAUGGUAUGAAGGGAAUAACUUUAUGUAUUCUUUACUCAUCAACACUUGAAAGCACGGCAAAUGAAUGUCUCACUAGUGUCUUGAUCAUUAAUUACACUAAGUUCACUAUUCAGAUAUACAAGAGAGACACAGUUAUGUCCUUUAAUGAUGAAGAUUGGCAAGGCGUAGUAUCAAAUUUAGGAGUUGGUGACAAUGUGGAGAUUAUUGUAGCUUUUGCCAAUGGAUUGAUUGUUAAGGAGACAGCUAUCUAUCUAAUAUAUGAUCAGUCAAAUGCUAUGGAAAUUGAGUCAUCAAUUACCGUGGAAGUUGAGCCAUCUACCGACAUAAAAAAGGAGCCAAUGCCGGAAGUGGAAGUGAAACCAUCACCUGAUGUGAAAAUGGAGCCAUCAUCUGAUAUGGAAGCGCAACCAUCACCUGAUGUGAAAAUGGAGCCUUCACUUAUUGUCAAGAAUGAGCCAUUACCGAACUCAAAUAAAAGAAUAUUUACAAGACUUGCAAAGAGAGUGGGAGAAUGUUUGUGCUUGAACCAGAACUGAGAUCUCAACAAUUUUUUAUUAUGCAUGACUUUGUCCUAACAUGGGAUUCCCUUGUGUAUGUUUUAUAAUAUUUUUCUGGGAGGGAGGAUGGACAAUGCUUAUGUUACUUUUGUAUAUACCAAUGAGAUCUAUGUGGUGUUGUUUCAUUCAAUUAAUGUUGUUCUGAAAAUUUGUAGAGUUUCCUUUCUAAUUAUUGUAGUACUCUUAUGAUUGGAAGAGUAGUUGGCUAUGAAACC